AUGUCGCUCUCCGCUCGCGUGGCCGUCGCGCCGCCGCCGCUCUCUCCUGGUAGGGUUUGGGGCAAGUUCACUCCUGGCCGCUCGCCACUCGGGCGUUGGGUGCUGCGAGCCGCCGCCACUCGGGCGCUGGCGCUGGGUGCUAGGAGCUUGUUAGGGUUUGGUGGGCUCAACCCAAGGAGGCUAUUAUGUCACGGGACUCGCAGAGGAUCCGAGUCGUGCAGUCCUACUCCUGCCGUGUGGGAUACAAUGGAAAAGAUCUAUCCCUAUGAUCCAUUGAUGAAAGCUGCACAAUAUCAGCCUGAUGUUAUGUCUGUUGAUCACUCUAUUGAAGAAGCAAUCGACAGCUUGAAGAUUGAUGCUAGCACGAAGGCAAGCAAUGUCAACUUGCCUGCUAAGAAAGAUGCAAGUUCUUCUGAUGCAGUAUCUUGCAUUUCCUCCGGCGAUGCAGCUAGUACUGUGAAGGAAAGUGAAAUGAACCAAGAAACUUCUUUUGGGGACCAAGGGAUGUAUUACUAUGGAUAUUAUUAUCCUGGUUCAUACGGCGGAUGGGAUGAGAAUGGCUACUUUGUUGGAUAUAAUGGCCUAGAGGUGCACCCAGCAGUGGUUCAAGCUGACAAUGGGUCAUAUCUGUGUUAUCUUCCGGGGUAUGAAAAUGGAUAUGCUUCUUAUAGUCCGGUUGUUCCUGGAGGCAUUGCUAGUGUGGAUGGUCAAUAUGUCAGCAAAGAACCAUAUUACUCCACUGCAAUUCCAGUACAGGAUCUAAGCACACCUGGCAUUUUUGCUCAACCAAUUGCAUACGGAACUGAACUAGUACCUGCAUACUCAUGGGACCCUUCUUUUGUUCUUCUGGAUGGGGUUCAGGGACAUCCAGUUGGUGUGCAUCAAACAAAUUAUGCUGCAAGACCAAAAUAUUCUUCUAAUAAGCAUGCCAUUCCUUCUUCGAAAGCUGCCUGCAGUGCAAAACCCGUAGCAGAUACUGUCAAAGGAUCAUCAUCAGGUCUAGAAACUAUACCAAAUGCUGCUAAUAGCAGCCCAUCAUCGAAGGGUGCAAAUAAGGCAUCUGGUGCUACCAUAACAAAAGGAUAUCUUCCAUCUAACAAGAUUGUGAUGCAUAGUAAUAACCAAGGAAAAAACAGUGUUUAUCAAAGCAAAGGUAUCAAUGUGAAAGAAAGUGGUAGAAGCUGGAACAACGGUGAGAAGCUUAAGACGAGAAGUAAGUUAAAUGGACAUGGUGAUUCUGAAUCUAAUGAGAACAGCCACACUGAUAACUCAAAACACAGUUUGAGCCCUCAAUCUGAUGUUGGAUUAUCAAGUGCUGGGGGUGCUAAGGCUAGCAUACCUUCGCAUGUUGCAAUAAGCAAAAAUGCAUAUAAUCUUUCAGAUUUUGUUACAAAGUAUGAACAAGCUCUAUUCUUUGUAAUUAAGUCUUACAGUGAAGAUGAUAUUCACAAGAGUAUCAAGUACAAUGUCUGGGCAAGUACUCCUAAUGGAAAUAAAAGGCUUGACAAUGCCUAUAGACUUGCACAAGAAAGGAUGGCAGAAAAAGGAACCAAAUGUCAUGUUUUCCUUUUCUUCUCAGUUAAUGCUAGUGGUCAGUUCUGUGGCGUGGCUGAGAUGGUUGGCCCAGUAGAUUUCAACAGGAACAUGAACUUCUGGCAACAGGACAAGUGGAACGGUUUCUUCUCGGUAAAAUGGCACAUUAUCAAGGAUGUUCCCAAUCCACAAUUUCGCCAUAUAAUUUUGGAGAAUAAUGAGAAUAAACCUGUGACAAACAGCAGGGACACGCAAGAGGUCAAAUUUUCACAAGGUACAGAGAUGUUGAACAUUUUCAAGAACUUUGCAUGUAAAACAUCAAUACUGGAUGACUUUGACUUCUACGAAAAUCGGCAGAAAGUAAUGCAGGACAGAAGAGGCAAGCCGCUUACUAUGUCGUUUGAUCACCCAGUGCCAAAAGCUGAAAAAACUGCAGAAAUUAAAAGGCAAACACAAUUGGUAAGUGCCACAGAAUUUGGUAGAGCCAAGAGUAAUGUGGGGCAGGGCAACAAUGUUGGGAUGGUACAUGAUACAACCAAGAAAAAUGAGGAGCAGAGCAACAAUGUUCCAGAAGUACUUGAUGCCUGUAGUAACAAGGAGCAACCCAACGAAGUUGCAACACAAGGAUGA